AUGUCCCGUUCUACGGAUCGCAGCGCGACGGGUGAUUGCCCUUCUCUUCCUUGGAGAGCACUUUCGGCCACAACGAUCUUCGGAGUCGCUGCGUUAUGCCGUUCGUUCUUGUACAUGUGUAGUCGUCCGGAAAUCAAUGGCUUGGAGUCCUUUCUGGAAUUACUUGAAUCUCGACAGGAUGUGUCGCGAAGGACGAGGGGUUUGCUCACAGGUAUCGAUCCUCUUUACUCGACAGAAUUUCCCUGUUUCUGUCUGAUUGCUUGGCGGACAUCAAUCGCUGACAUGGGAUUGAUUCGACAGUAUCGAACCAUAUUAGCGUGUACUAUGGAUGAUCCGAUCAUGUGGGGAGCGAUCCCGUUACGGUGGAAUUUUGGACUUUCCUCGUCCAACAAAAGAUGGGGCUUUGGCAGCCAUGAUAUCUGUUAUCAAAGCCGACCUCUAGCUCUCUUCUUCACGAUGGGCCAAGUCCUUCCCACACAUCGACUAGCACAUUCGCCCCAUGGCGGUUUGGCGCAGCCAGCCGUGACCCAGGCUAUCCGGUUAUUGUCGAAGGGGCCAUUCCCUCCAGAUCCACACCUCCCGCCUCCUGAAAGACAGCACUGGAGCCUAGAGAACAUCUGCGUCGAUCCAUUCUCGGAUCUCCCUACGGCGUACACUACUACUGGAAUAGACUCACAUCUGGCGCCGUCUGCCUACGCCUGCAACUCUUACUCCUGGGUCCACAUCUUUCCCGAGGGAAAAAUACACCAGGCUCCGAACAAAACGAUGCGUUAUUUCAAGUGGGGCGUCGCUCGAUUAAUACUGGAAGCAAACGAGUGUCCUGACAUUGUCCCAAUCUGGCUAGAGGGAUUUGACCAGGUCAUGCACGAAAGCCGUGGUUUUCCUCGAUUUCUUCCCCGAGUAGGGAAGGACAUUAGCAUCACAUUUGGAAAGAAGGUAGAUUCCGAGGCUGUCUUUGGCGACAUGAGAAGAAGAUGGCGUGAGAUCAAGGCAAAGGCCGAGGUGGCGUCACCGGAGUCUCGCAACCUUCCCCUCGGGGUGCUCAGCGAUGAACUGCUGCACGACGAAGAGGCGAUCGAACUGCGAAAGGAGGUUACCCAGAAGGUCCGGGAUCUUGUCCUGGAGGUAAGGCGGACUAGAGGCCUCUCCGAUGAAGACCCCAAACACGGUCUCGCUGAGACAUGGAUUGAAGAAGGCCCGCAACGAGAGGGCAAAAUGAAAGAUGAGUCAUGGUCGUUCCAGAGUCGAGUUCAGCCCUGUUCUCUUCUCCAACUGAGGAGGGGCGGAAUCAUUCGCGGGUAA